AUGGGAGCCGCUGUGAGCCACCUCCGAUGCGUAACGAGCAUAGCAGGCCUCUCGAGCCUUGUCCUCUCGAUUUUCCCCAAGCUGCUCAUGAAUAACCCGCAAGUCCUGAGACCGUUGCUAAACGUAAGUUGGGGUUACCUCUUCGGGUCGACAUUCUGGUUGACCUUCUUCUCCGAAGUUGGUUUGGUUAGGAGCCUGAAGAACAUAAAGCGAAUGCCCGUCCCCGAAAAUGCAGAAGAGGCAAAAAAACAGCUAGAAGAAAUGAAAAAAUCGGAAGGAGAUUUUAUUAGAAGAAGAGAAGAUUUCCAAUUCUUUUUUGGUUUAUCUACUCUCUUCUCUGGCAUACUCCUAUUGUCCACGGUUAAAUUGGCAAACCACAACAUGCAGCUGAGGAUCAGCUCCACCGUUGUUGCCUUGUCCUGCUUGUUAAAUAAUUUGUUCCUCCAGAAUAAAGUUCACAGUUUGAAAAUACAGAAGGAGAGCUUAUAUCAUGAGUUGAUUAAGAACCCCAAGAGUGGAAAUACCCUUGCCGAGAUUAGGAAGAACAAGAAAGACUUCCACAUAUACCAUGGGUUGUCUCUCCUCUCCCUGUACAUUUCCUUCUUCGGCCUGACUCCCUACAUUUUUACGUAA